AUGCUGGAUCUUAAUCUCAGCGCGGUAGGGUCGUCGGAACAAGACGACGCCGUCGUCGUCGUCGGCGGCUCGUCUCACGGCAUGUUCCCGGAAGGCUCCGGCAGCGCGACGCAAAUGGACGAGUCCGGGACGUCGAACUCGUCCGUCGUCAAUGCCGACGCCUCCAGCACCAACGACGACUCGUGCUCCGCACGCGCCGCCGUGACGACGCUCAACUUCGAUAUUCUCAAGGUCGGCGGAGGAGAUGAAGAAGAGGAGGACGACGUCGUUGUGACCAAGGAGCUGUUUCCGGUGAACAGCUGGCCGGGGACUGGGCAGCAGUACUCGCCGGCGUCAUCAUCGGCGAGGCAGAGCUUGAUCGAGCUUGGGUUCAAUCAUGGUGGGCCGCCGGCGGAGGUGAGGCUGGUUCAGCAGAAACAACCACAACCGCCGCCGCCGCCGCCGCCACCGCAGGUGAAGAAGAGCAGGAGAGGGCCCAGGUCUCGGAGUUCUCAGUAUAGAGGGGUCACUUUCUAUAGAAGAACUGGUAGAUGGGAAUCACAUAUUUGGGAUUGUGGCAAACAAGUGUAUUUGGGUGGAUUUGACACUGCUCAUGCUGCUGCUAGAGCCUACGAUAGAGCUGCUAUUAAGUUCAGGGGAGUUGAUGCUGAUAUCAAUUAUAAUCUCAGUGAUUAUGAGGAGGAUAUGAAACAGAUGAAGAAUUUGACAAAGGAAGAAUUCGUGCACAUACUACGUCGGCAGAGCACUGGUUUCUCGAGAGGGAGCUCAAAAUAUAGAGGGGUUACACUGCACAAAUGUGGUCGUUGGGAAGCUCGAAUGGGGCAAUUCCUUGGCAAAAAGUAUAUAUAUCUUGGGCUAUUCGACAGUGAAGUAGAAGCUGCAAGGGCUUAUGACAAGGCAGCUAUCAAAUGUAAUGGAAGGGAAGCUGUCACCAACUUUGAGGCAAGUACUUAUGAAGGGGAGAUGAUAUCAGACGCUGAUGGCAACCACAAUCUUGAUCUGAAUUUGGGAAUAUCUCCCCCUUCAUUUGGUAGUCGUCAAAAGCAAGGCGAAGGGCAGCUUCAGUUCGAUUCUGGCCCUUGUGAGGGGCAAAAUGGAAAGACUACGAGGAUGGAGCCCAAUGCAAAUGCAACAAUGAAUCCUCCACCUUUCAACGGCGUAACUAUGACAUCAGAGCACCCUCCUUUAUGGAAUGGUGUAUAUCCUAAUUUCUUUCCGAAUCAGGAAAGAGCAACAGAGAAGAGAAUUGCAUUAGGAUCUCAAGGACCUCCCAAUUGGGCUUGGCAAAUGCAUGGCCAAGUCAGUGCCUCCCCAAUGCCACUGUUCUCUACCGCAGCAUCAUCAGGAUUCUCAUUUACAGCUACCACUCCGUCCGCUGCUGUCCUCCCCUUAAUCCCCUCGAACCCAGCCGCCCUCAAUCUCUGUUUUACAUCUUCAGCCACUGCCGCUCACCGUACCCCUCAAUAAAACGACUACCACAUUGAAGCCAUGGUAGCCGAUUGCGUCCAUAUAUUUAAAGGGCAUCCAGAACAAACCGGCCUGCAGUCCUUUAGAUUCUUUGUAUGAUUCAAAUAGAGAUUGAUACAUACACCACAACUCGACUCUGACUAUGUUUGUCACAACCACACUCUGAACUCUUUGUAUUUGAUCUUUGAAAUAUGUUAUAGCUGACCUAAGCUCUCAUGUAAAGUUUCAAGUUCUUAUGGUGGCGCUCAUAUUCUAAGACUGUUACAGAUUUGGAU